UUUUUUUUUUUUUUUUGCUCGUUCCCGACGGAGGUUUAGCUGACUGGCACUCAAGGAAAAAUUACAAGUACUUACUUGAGUACAAAAAGGGUAAGUUGAGAGCGGCCAUCAUCCAUCGUGUUUGGAUAGUGCUCGUUUUUUUACCCGCUUUUUCGGACGGGGGUGUGUGUGUGGAAUUGUUGGUAACGGCAAUUGUACCGGUACCGGUUAUGUUCUUGGUAUGGGGGCAUUGUGUCAUUGUGCCCGCACCUUGAACACGACCAAAUUUUCGACAAAUAACUAUCAUCGCGUGCCAUUAUUUCACCUUUACUUGCUCCUUGCACAUAAGGGUCCCAAAUCAUGUAGGGAACGCAUUUACAGGGCUGGUUUCGGUCCGCAGGGGGGCGGAUCUUUGCGCGAUACUCAAGUAGCUCUUAAAAAUUGGGGUGAAUUUGGGUGGAGCACCAGGGCAGAGCAAUUCGCAAAUAUAUAUUUCCAAAAGAGGUAAUUCUCGUGCUGCAUUGGGA